GACCAGCGAAUGAACGAGGUUCUUCUAGGGUAAGCAAGAGAAAUGGGUGCUAAAGUGGCAGCGAUGUUGGUGCUUCUAACAGUUGCACUGCUGGGUAUAACGGCUGUGCACAGUCACAAAAUCCUUUUUUUGGCACCCUUCAAUGGUCCAAGCCAUUGGCUCAUGCUGAAAAGUUAUAUCCGGGAGUUGACCAACAGAGGACACGAAGUAACCUGUAUAACGGGGAUCAAAUUUGGCGAAGCACUUGGAAAUUACACCGAAGUUCUCAUCGAUCCGGCCUAUCCUCUUAAUGAAAAAUUUCCUUUAUCGCAGUUAUACAAUUCACAGAGCUACAGUAGUGAUCUAAACAACCUGUUCUUGUAUUGGCGACUCGGACUGGCAACGAGUCGUCAUGGAUUAGAGGCAGAUAAUGUGCAAAAGUUCCUGAAACGAGACGAUCUUCAUUUUGACCUUAUAGUGUCCGAGCAAUUUUUCCAGGAUAGUUGGUUGAUGUUUGCUUACAAGUAUAAUGCCCCGAUUGUCACAAUCAGCACGUACGGGUAUUCAGAUUUCAUGGAUCGUGCAAUGGGUCUGCUAACUCCAUGGUCCUGCGUACCACACAUGCUGCUGGACUACGAGCAUGGAAUGAACUUCUUCCAAAGGAGCUACAACGUCUUUCUAUCUACGUUGGACUACAUAUUGCGAGAGUACUACUAUAUGCCCGAGAUGAACAAAAUGGCUAAGGAAUUUUUCAGUGAGUUGGAGGAACAGCGUGGUCCUUUGCCAACAAUUCAAAGCUUGGAGAAGUCGAUUUCUGUGAUUCUAGUUAACAGUCAUCCUACAUUAGCUAAACCUCGCCCUACCAUGGUUACUCUAGUCAGUAUAGGAGGGGCUCCCAUCAGAGCUCCGAAAGCCUUGCCUCAAGAGCUACAGCGUUUUAUGGACGAAGCUGAACAUGGAGUGAUCUACUUCUCACUUGGCGCAUACAUGCAAAGCUCGGCUAUGCCUAUUGAAAAACGCUUAACGUUGCUCAAAGUGUUCGGAAAACUGAAGCAGCGAGUCAUUUGGAAAUUCGAAACCGAUCAAAUUGGUAGCAUUCCCAAAAAUGUGAUGAUUAGCAAGUGGGCCCCACAGAACGAUAUAUUGGCCCACAAAAAUACAGUUUUGUUCAUAUCGCAUGGAGGUCAGUUUGGCACGUUCGAAUCCAUGUACCAUGGAGUACCGACUCUGUUCAUACCCUUCUUCGGUGACCAACAUAGGAAUGCAAUUCGAGCCGUUCGAAGUGGAUAUGCGGCUAAAAUUCUUUUCGCGGACAUCACGGAAGAAUCCAUCUUCUCGCAAAUACGAGAGUUAGUUGAUACCAAACAAUACUACAAGCGAGCCAAAGAAAUUUCGACCAUGUUCCGAGAUACGCUGGUUGAUCCGAUGAACACGUCGAUCUACUGGAUGGAAUACGUAAUUCGAUACAAAGGAGCGCCGCAUUUGAAGUUCAAUGCCGUUAACGACUCAAUUGUGCAAUACUUACUGCUCGACAUACUGGGUGCCGCGGUGCUACUGUUAGUAUUACUAAUCAUCGUCGUGAAGAUGUGCUGCUGUAGGAAGCCAGUGAUAACAGCUGAUAAGAAGAAGCGACAAUAGUAGGUUCAAUACAAUGAGAAAAUAUAACUUGUUUAAGUGACGAAGCAAAUUUUUCAAGUGAUGUUUUAUGUGCAUAAGUGAAAAAGAAACGACUUGAGUAUGUUAAGGGUUUAUAUAUGUCGGUCAAAAAAUCGAUUUUUUUUAUUCUUUCAUCUUAAAAUAUAGGUUGUUAAGAAUGUUAUCCCACAUUUGAAUACAGAUUCAGCAGUAGAAACAAAAUCAAUAUGUGUGUGAACUGUCUGAAUUCAGCGUCUAACUGGCACAAAUUUUGGUGUUAGUUUGCAUACAUCAUCAGUUAAUAUUGACGAGUGGAACACGAAACAUUCAAAUGCAAUUUUUCAACUUGUCUGGAUCCGGACUCUCGAUUCGAAUACGCGGAUCCAAACCGGAAACGGAAAGGACUGCUCAUAUUUUGUGCAGUCGCUAUUUUGCAGUUGACGACGGAUAGAAAAGAGAAGUCAACUCAACACGAUACAAAACUCUCCAGCACUCUUUCUAUUAGAGUAAGGUGGGGCAGAAGUGCGCGUAGGGCAAAAGAGCGCAUUGAACUUCUUGAAACAAACAAGCGUUACAACUCUGCAAUUCUGUAUAGAUUUGGUACACAAUUAGGCCAACUGAUCACAUAAACAUAAACAUGGAAGAUUUGAAUAUAGUGGCUUGAAAUUAAGAGGUAAUUACCAUUUUCGCUGAUUUGAUGUAUUGUUUGAAUUUUGGAGAUUUUUUUAUUAACGACAUUUUACAUCGAAAGAGUGCAUUCAUGUCGGGAACAGAAUUUCAGUACUACAAUUAUUUUUUUUUUACAUUACAUCAAUCAUAUAAAGUAAUAAAUUCAAGUGAGAGCAAGGAUGUGAAGCAAACAGAUCGGAAAACUAGAAGUGGCAGGGUCAUUAGAACAGGCUUAAUAUCGUACGGGCUUAAUUUUUGCCUUCUGUUAAUGAGGGUCGAGCUUAGGCAGAAUAACUACGAAUCACCCGAGCACUAACAUGUGUCCUGAUAAAGGUAGACGUAUCUAUCUUUACCGUGACAAGUCGGAAUAAAAAUGGAAAAAAGUAAUAAAUUCA